AUGAAUAUCCUCCCAAAAAAAAAAUGGCAUGUUCGAACGAAAGAGAAUAUGGCCCGUGUUCGGAGGGAUGAAGCUAAAGCUGAAGAGGAGGAACAGCGACGUCUGGAUCGAGCAAUUACUGCAGAAAAUGAACGUAGGCUACAAGCUCUAAGAGCAAAAGCCGAUGACCGAAUGACAACUAUGUUUGGCAGAAACACAGAAAAGUCGAGCCAGGAAGAUAUGGCUGUAUCAACCGAAACGGGGCACGUUAACUUUUUCCAGGACCUCGAGAGGGAAGAACGAAAGAAUUUAGGCAGUGGGAACAAAGAUUAUGAGAUUGAAAAGAAAAAAGAGCAACAGGAAUGGGAAUCCAAAAUGGGUAUUCAAAAAAUGUUGGGGGAAGGGACGAACGAGUUGGACAAGAAAAAAGAGUGGUAUGAAAACUUGCCAGGUCUCCGAACUGCUCCGAAGCCGAUCGUCAAGCCUACGGCUCCCGUGGUCUCACCUACAACUGAAUCUGAAGAGCAUAAAAAAAAGAAGAAAAAGAAGAAGAAGAGAAAACAUCAUAAAUCACGAAGUUCAGACUCAGACAGUGACUCGGAUUCUGAUAGCGGCAGAAAAAAGAAAAAAAGUAAAAAGUCCAAGAAAUCCAAAAAAAGGAAGAGGUCCGAUAGUAGUUCGGAAGAUGAAGAGGAGAAAAGACGAAAGUACUUAGCUGCAAAGCACAGCCAACUAGCCAUUUUAAGAGAAGAAAGGAUAAAAAGAGAGAGAGCAGAGAGAGGUAAAACAGAACUCGUUCUGCAUCCAGAGCUCGCUAAAGCAAAAGAAGAACCACAAUCUAAAAAACCCAAGUAUAACUCGCAGUUCAAUCCUGAACUAAGUAGAAACUGA